AUGAAAUUUGAACAAUUGCAAGCUCAUAUGAGCGAACUCCGCGCUGGGCCAAACAUGAGUUCAAUCGGUUCCGAAGCACAGAUUCAACUACGAGGGCUUUUGUCUUUGUCAGAAGACGUUUGUCAGGUGAUUUCUCAGCAACGAAUACUAAAAGGCCUCGCUUUUGAAGACAUGCAUGGAAGUGAAGAUGAAUGGUCUUCUGAGGACGAAAGCGAGGCUGACUCCGAAAAUGGAACUGGGGACUCUUCCGAAGGAGCAAACGAUUUCUCCAACAACAAAGACCCAGCAUCUAUAGAAAUCGACGAGCAAUCUUCCAUAGAAGAGUCGGACGAAGAAUACUCCGGAAGAGCAGUUAUCAGAGACCGGGACUCACAAGAACUGGGACUAGGAGGAAGACGUGACUCUAUUUGCAGCAAACCAUUUGUGGACUGGCUAGCAUCAGGAAACAGGUUCUUCCAUGUCUGCGGUAAGCUAGGCUCUGGAAAAUCAACUCUCAUGAAAUUCCUCUGUGACCACAAGCGUACUCAAGAGGAACUUGAGAAAUGGGCAGGUGACGAUAGAAAGCUUGUAUUUGCAAAGUUUUUCUUCUGGAGACCAGGCUCUAUGCUACAGAGGUCUAUCAGUGGCCUCCUCCGAUCCCUUCUGCAUGAUACCUUAAAAGUCUGCCCCGAUCUCAUCUCCGCAGUUUUACCAGAUCAGUGGAACAAUGUGAAAUCUAUACCUUGGCAAAUGCAGCAUGAGCCUGAAUUCGGAAAUCAAGAAACAAGAUCGGCUUUCACUCGACUCAUCGAAAACCGAAAUAUGACCAGACACCAUCGGUUCUGUUUUUUCAUUGAUGGUCUUGAUGAGUACGAGGAAACGCGACAAGAAGACUACAAAGAUCUUCUUGACCUGCUUUCCAAAUGGACCGAAGCAGCACCAGACGACGUCAAGCUUUGUGUUUCAAGCAGGGAGGAUAACGUAUUUGUGAACAAUUUCUCCAGUGAACAGAGAAUUCGUCUUCAAGAUCUCACAAAAAUGAUAUACAUUACUUUAUUCGAGAGAGGCUGGCAACUUCCCCCACCGAAGAAUACCACGACUUGGUGA